AUGACUGUUGGCCGAGCUAGUGCUCUUGACUUUAAUAUGAGCAAAGUAAUAGCAGUAUCACCAGUGUCCGAUGCUGGACAAACUCGUCAAGAAAAUCUGACACAUAUCAAAAGGAACAAAUUAGCAAGCUGUAAUGUUCCCCUUGUACAUGGGAGGCCAAAUCCUCCAGUCAACAUCCGGAACAGGCUAACAACACACCAACGAAAUCAUAGUUUGGAUUUUAGAUCCAUGGGUAUUCUCUUGCCACCCGUACCCCAGACGAACGUCACUCUGACUCUGCAUCACAGGAAUCGGAGCCUUGACUCGGCUUUACAACGAAUACCAGAAGUUGACGUGACACCAAGUCCCGAAUGUGAAACAAGUCCAACGCCAACGACAAAAGCCUCUUCGUCGAGUAAGUCGCGAUGCAGAGAAAGAGAAGAUCUCGCGAGUCUUGGCUCCGAUGAUUCGGGUAUUCUUUGUGGCUCCGACAGUGGUUCAAGUGACACGGCAAAUCCCACAACCCGAGAGUCAAGUGUCGAUCAUCUUCACAGUCGUGAGAGUCUCGAUUCAUCAUUGUCGCAAGGUGGCGAUCUCGAUGGCGUUGAUGCGGUUGACGGCGACGGUGCAAGUGUCAUGUCCGCAUCACCAAUUGACAUUGAACUCAGUGACGCUCUAAUGAAGGGCCUUCGGAACGGUGACUGUGCUCCUUCUAAUCAUCAAUUAUUAACGAGCAGUGAUUGUGUGGCCAAAGAGUUGCCAAAUGGCAAAUGCUCUCCCAAAGAACUGCAAAGUUGUUAUUACAUUGCCAAAGAACUGCGGGACAGUCAAGCUGAGAGCAUGGACUUUCAAGUUCAACGCGCGAAUGUCACGCAAAAUGAAUUGGCAGGCGCUGCCAUGACAUUGUGUUGCGGUACCGGUGAACCGGAAGAGGAAUCUGUCCAGGAACAACCGCAAGUUCAAAGGCAGGAAACGGCGCAGCCAAAACCAUCCGAGGGCUGUUUACUUAGGUUAUUUGAGAGCCAAGUGUUCGACAUGUCCAUGGCAAUUUCUUACCUUUUUAACUCGAAGGAACCUGGGGUUCAAAGCUAUUUAGGUAACAAGUUGUUUAGUUUCCCAGACAAUGAUGUGGAUUUCUAUUUGCCGCAACUGGUUUUAAUGUACAUACAGUUAUAUGAUGUUACCGAAGUUCUUUAUCCAUAUCUCGUCCAUAGGUGUAGACAGUCGGCAGAUUUUUCUUUAAAAUGUGCCUGGUUAUUGGAUGCAUACAGUUCCGACGCUCAUUUACCAUCAAAAAAGAAGUCUCACGGGACCAAGCUCAAAAAUCUCAUUUUGUCUGAUGAAUUAAGGCCAAAGGGAAACGCGGGUUGGCGAAAACAUCGCACCUCGGGUUUGCAAGUUCCCCCGCCACCACCUCUGCCUUCUGCUCAAUGCGUUACGUCUCCCAACAAAAAAACCCACCAAAGAUCUCAGUCUGACGCCACUGGACUCUUUCAAUCUCUUCGUCGUAGCCAUUCCGGAUUAAUAAAUAAAAUAAGCCUUGGCGAUCUUAGUUCUGGCCGGGCUUUCGAUAAUGGAUGUACCUGUUUUGAUUCCUGCCAAGGAGUAGUAAAUGACUUACGAGGACAGAAGACUGACUGCUUCUGUAAUGCACCCCGACUGGCUCCCGAAUUGGAGUUCAUUCAGGCGUUAAUCUCAAUUGGAAAACUACUUGGAACCAUUCCCACAAAGGAGAGCAAAACAGUUCAACUUGUAGCAGAACUUAAUACUCUCAAUCUGAAUCUCCCGGCAAGAGUUUGGCUUCCUUUGCACAGUACAGUGCCCCAUCACAUUGUUCGAGUUCCACCGCAAUAUGCGGCAGUUCUCAACAGUAAAGAUAAAGCUCCUUAUAUAAUCUAUGUCGAGGUCCUUGAGGUUGAGGAUCUUUAUACUUCGCCAGUGCCAACAAAAAUAAUGGGUAGUUCCUUACGACACACCAAGUCCGAGGAAAACUUGACGGGUGGAGAACAGUCGAGCUCUGGUCAGUCCAACCUUCCAAAUAUGGCGAGCCAGCAUACCACGCCCUCGUCUAUCGCGCGGCAAACUCCCGUCAAGGGCUCAUCAUCGGCUUAUUUAAAAAGUUCCGAUAUCGCAUUUCAUUUUCACGAUGACGAUCCUAAUGAUUGUUGGAGUCAAGAGGAUGACGAAAUCACGCAACAGUAUUUACAGUUACACAAGCCACGAGACAGAGAUACAAUAUCCCAAUUGAGUCAGGAGUCCUCGGAUAGUCGGGAGCCAAUAUUUAUUCCAGGUGACAUAAAACGACGAUUAAGCGAAAUGGCAGCGACUCCAAAAACGACAUUCAAUCAUGACCCGGAGGAUCCUUCGGCGGCGGUUCUUAAAGAACCUUGGGAAUUAAAACAAAAACGCAUAAGGGCCUCGAGUCCUUAUGGGCAUUUAGCUUCCUGGCGACUGCUGGCAGUCAUUGUUAAAUGUGGCGAUGAUCUCAGACAGGAACUUCUUGCAUCGCAGCUUCUUUCGAUGUUGCAAAAAAUUUGGCAAGAUGAGGACGUUCCCCUUUGGCUUCGACCAUACAAAAUUUUAUGUCUUUCAAAUGACAGUGGAUUAAUCGAGCCAAUUCUCAAUACAGUUUCAUUACAUCAAGUGAAAAAACAUUGUCAAUUGACGUUAUUGCAAUAUUUUGAACGUGAAUUUGGCCCAGUGAAUUCAGAUGGUUUUCGAAUCGCUCAAAAAAAUUUUGUUGAAAGUUGUGCGGCUUAUUGUCUUGUUUGUUAUUUAAUUCAAGUGAAAGAUCGUCACAAUGGCAAUAUUUUACUUCACACCGAUGGACAUUUAAUGCACAUUGAUUUUGGUUUUAUUCUUUCAACGUCGCCGCGAAAUUUGGGAUUUGAAACGAGUCCAUUUAAAUUGACACCUGAAUUUGUCGAAAUAAUGGGCGGCAAUAAUUCAUUAAUGUUCCAAGAAUUCAAGUCACUCAUACUUCAGGGUCUCAUUGCUGCACGUAAACAUAUGGAUAAAAUUGUCAAUCUUGUGGAAAUCAUGCUAUCAGGGUCCCAGCUUCCGUGUUUCCGCAGCGGUGGUGCAGCGACAAUUCAGGGUUUAAAAAAUAGAUUCCAUUUGACAUUGACGGAGGAUCAACUGCGUCGGCACGUGGAGGAUUUAGUCGAAGGCAGCAUUCAUUCCUGGUCUACGAAGCUCUACGAUCGAUACCAGUAUUUCGCCAAUGGCACACUAUAAUCGAAAUUUAUUUUUUCUUUUUAAUUUUUUUUAAUUUUUCUUCUUUUUUUUUUAGAUAGAAUUAAUUCGUACGAGAAAAAACAGGAACAAUUUUCACUUUUAACCCUUGUUCAUAAGCGAGAUAAAUUACGCAAUCUCUAAAUUCAAUAAAACGUCCCUUCCGUGCUUUUGAAAUACACUUCAUAGCAUUCCAAAAAAAAAUUAAAAAUAAUAUAUUAAACAGAAAAUAAAAAGAAACGAAAAUCUCGAAAAAUGAAUUUCGAGUUAAUAAAAUUUAAUUCAAAAUCUCUUUAAUAAAGAAGAAUAAAUUAAAUAAUAAUAAAUUAAAUAAGAACGAAUGUGUUCAUAUCGAAAUGAUUAAAUUACUUUCAUUAAAUUAAUAUUUAAAUAAAAUUUUAAAUUAUAAUCUAGUUGAAAUCGCCUCGUUUUAAACGGCAAUUGUGACGUUUAAAAGAGACAUAUUUACUUUACAUAGUCAUUGAUAUGUAGUUUCUUGUAUGUGUGUGUGGAAAGAAAGAAAAAAAAAUCUUAUAUUAAAUUAUCGAAGCGUUUAAACGCCGACUGAAUAUAUUGGAUUGCUAUGUCGUUGUAGUUUCUAAUAUAUAAUUCGUUAAAGGUGCCUUAUUUAUGUAGAGAAAAAAAAACGGCAAAAAAAAGAAUGAAAACGAAAAAUCAAAUCUUAUACUUGUGCGAAGUAAAAAAAAAAUGCGGUUGGCGCAUUAUAAAAAUUCUGUUGACGUUCCGAGCAGGACAAUCUUAUUAAAUUUGUACAUAUUAACUGCGCGCAACAGAGAAACGAAUUUUCCCUUCGUUUAUAAUUAGAUAGAUUUCCAUUAAUUAUUAAUUAUACAAUCGAGAAUAGAAAUCAAGUUUUUAAUUUUAAGGUUGUUUCUCACAUUUGUAUAUAUAGAAUUUCAAAGUGAAGAACGGUUUAUGAAAAGUUUAAUUUAUUUUAAACUAAAGAAAAAAAUUUUGUGGUUUCAAAACAAUUUUUUUAACUGUGAUUCUUUUAAAUUAAUUAUAAAAUUCUUUUAUUUCAAAGAUUAUUAACUUUAUUAAUUUUUAAAAGUUUAUUUUAAAAAAUACAUUUUAUUAAUAUUUAUGACAUUUUCAUAAACGGUUUUAUUUCGUUUGAGACUAUAUUAAGAAAGUGAAACACCUUUUUAAGGCAGUCGAGUCCGAAGAAUAGAAAAAGUAAAAAAAAUUGCGGAUUCGCGAAAGGAGAGCCGAAUACUCAAAAUAUUUCCUACUUUAUAUAUAUAUAUAUUAUAUAUAUGAAUAUAACGUAUAUUAAUCGUGCGAGUCUGUAUUCAAAACAAGUUUCUUUUUUUUAUAUAUUCAUAAGACAAAAUCAGCAAAUGCAUCUGCGAGAGUAAGACAAUUUUAUUAAUUAUUAAAUAUAUGUGCAUAUUAUAUUUUUCUUUUGUAUUAUAUUUUAUUUUUCAUUUAUUUUUAAAUAUUUUUAUUUUUCAAUAAUAUAAGUAAAUUAUAAGAAAGUGGUUUGUACAUAUAAAUGCUGCUGCUGCAAAAAAAAAGGGAAAGAAAAAACUGAUUGUCUAUAUAAUGUAAGAAAGAAAUCAAAGUCACCGCGAGCCAACCCAGAAGGCGAAUGACCUGGGCUGUCCGACUUCCAAGUGUCUUAUCUCUUCUCUUUCUACCGAUAACCGUCUCACGAGAGAUAAAGCCGAUCGGAAAUUCCCUUGAGACAAUUAGGUGAAAUAAAAAAGAAAAUAGUAAACAUCUCAUGUCGGUGUUUCCGGUCCGUUUUCCUUCUUUCGCUUCUUUAUGAGCUACAAUAACUUUAAACUAUAUAUAUAUAUUUCAUAAUUAUGAAAAAAAAAAAAAAUAAAUAAACGCUCGUCAAUGUUAUUAAAUUAUCUCGCGCGGAAAAAUCUUGCGAUGAUAACAAUUCGUUCAGAUUUUUCGCCUUUUUAAAUAAUAGAAAUAAUAGUCAAAUUUUUCAUUCGAAUUUCAUCAUUCUGAUGAAAUUUGUACAUUUUCUUUUCUUUUUGACAAAAUCUUAAGGGUAUUAUGAUUCACAUAUCGAACGAGUGUAAAAUUUGACUCAGAGGAUUUGUUGUACCAUUGAAAACAAUCGAAUUCCGUCAGUUGUUCGAUAUAUCGAUUCAAUACAAUUUUCUUGUCAAAGAAAUUGACUAGAAGAAAAAUAUUUCCUUUUUUGGAAAUAAAAAAACAUGAUUUAUUUAAUUAAUAUUCUAAGAAAAUUGAAUUUCUAACAUUACGUUAAUUUAUUCAUAUUGAGGUUAUGUGAUUGUUGUGAUUUCAUAUGUAAUUAUUCUCCGCGGGUUUUCUCGUAAAAUAUUUGAUUGAUUUAGAGUGUCGAACGGUCAGUGAAAUUCUUUGACAAGGAGAGACCUUUAAUUAUUAUCAUCCUAUAAAAACGGUACUGAAUGUGAAAAUGAUAAACAUUUUUAUUUUAAAAUACUUUUUUCCCGAAUCACGAACACAUUUUACAAAAUCGGCCAAAAUACCAAGGAUCAUUAUCUUAUAUAUUUCCUAAAUACAAAAGAUUGUGCGAUUCCAUACAAAAACGAAAUUGAAAAACGAAAAAGUAGGUUCAUUACGUUCUGUCGCCGUCAGAUGGCAGAACUUGCAAGGAGCACAAAGUAGCGGCUGUUAUUAUAUUACUUUUCGUUUUGCAAUCGCGUUUUUUUUUUUAUCGAUUCGCACAAUCUUUCGAAUAGAGGAAAUAUAUAAAAUAAGGAUCCUUGCUAUUUUGGCCGAUUUUGUAAAAAGUGUCCGUGAUUUGAGAAAAGAGUAUUUAAAAAUCGGUGUUUAUCAUUUUCACGUUCAGUGCCGUUUUUAUAGGGCGAUAAUUAAAGGUCUCUCCUUUACAUUUUUUUCGAAAACUCAAAAAUAAUACAAUAAAGAUUCGUUGUCAUGUGCCAAAAUUUAUUAAUAAUAUUUUGCCAAAAAAAUUAUUUUUAAAAAAUUGCACAUUUGAGGAAAACUCAAUAUGUUGGCAAUACGAUUUUGAUUAUUUCCCCAAAAAUAUGGAAUCAAUUUUAUGAUAAAAUAUUAAUAUAAUCUGGUACAUGACAACAAAUUCUUAUACUAUUUUUGAGUUUUUCACAAAUUUUUAGAAAUAUUUUGCGAGAAAACCUACAUAACCUUAAUUAAUCUAAUUUAACGUCAUUAUCAAAUUUUAUAUUCUAUAAAUUUUUUUUCUUUCGAUGUCAAAAAACUUUUUAUCUUCCAAAUAGUUAUUACAAAUACGAAACUUCGAAUUUUUCCUCUUUAAAAACUGAAAUCGCAAAAAUUAAUUAAAAAAAAAACACUCUACUGUUUGAUUUUUAGUUUCAAAAGCAAUUUUAUUUUUGAAAUUGCGUGAAAACCCUUAAGAACCGACAAAGGAAAAGAAUAUUAUGAAAAAAUAAUGAAAUUAUUGUAAAAAAAAAAAAGCUUCUUGAAACAUUUGUCCUGUUUUUAAUAAUCAUAAAUGGGCCAAAAUUAAAUUUUUGACUGUUUCGAGGAGAAAAAAAAGAAUAUCGUUGAGAUUAAGUGUUGGAUAAUCGAGAAAAAAAAUCCAUUUAUUGUUAAUACGCUGCACUCAGAGUUGGGCAGCUUUAACGUUUUCUUUUCCGUUUUUUUAAGUAUUGACUCUUAAAUAGAAAACUUAAUUGUAAAAAAAGGCUUCGAAUUCUUUCAAAAUAUCUAGUGGACGAAAUAGAAAAGAAAGAAUUGGAAGUUUUUAAUAUGAAUAAAAAAAAAGAAAGCUUUGACAUUUUAACUAUAAUAUAUAUAUACAUAUAUAUAUAAAAAAAAAUGCACAACUCUGAAUGUGAUGAUUUUUUGGGGAAAACGUGAUAUCUGUAAAUAGUAAAUAAUUGAGGAAAUAAGAUUUUAUCUGAGAAGUUGAUACUGCUUUCCAUGUUUAUAUUGCCUAUAUUAAAAUGUUAGUUUAUGAAUUUUUUGUAUCUACGAGGUAACAAAAAAAAAAAAAAAAAAAUGAAAAUAAAAAAAAGUAAAACAUCGGAAGCGUAGAUUCUUGUAAGACUGACUGGAUCCAGUCAAUUAUAAUAUGAAAGUAGAAAAAUCCAGAAUUAUCGGAUAUAGUAGUGCUAGAUGCGGACUGGACUCGAUUUAAUUUUUUUUUUUUUCGUUGUACUGUUUCUUUUUUCGUCUGUUUCGUUUGAAUUUACAAAUAAAAAAAUUGUCAUAUAUUAUUUAAGUUUGUGGCGCAAGUGAUUGUGCCUCUGGAAUUCAAACCGAAUUUGUUCAUUCCGGAUUAAUUAUAUAUAAAUAUAUAGCUUUUAAUAAUUAAUAAAAUAAAAAAAAUAAAAAAAAAAAAUGAAAAAUUGUGGCAGGAUGAAAGGUGCAUGACAGCGGCAUUGGGAGUGUAAUCAUUUUUGAAAGCGCUUGUAGAAUAGCUUUGUAUCGAUAACAAUAAACUGUAAUGUAUACCAUAAAUAA